UAAAUGUUACACGUCCGUACAUCCGGUGAAGAGAAAUGUCAUAAUAGAAACGUGAGACUCCGUUUUCAUGUUUUUUUUGCCGCACAUUUGUGAAGUUUGAAGUUUUACAUGUGAUUUAGCGACAAUGCGCGGUGUGUGUGUUUUAUAAUACCCAGUCAGGUGUGAUCCGCGAGCGGCCACUCGCAGGUGCCGUGGCUGUAACCUUGGCGUGCGUGCGGUGCGGUGCGGUGUGUGCGGUAACGUUAGCAGCAAGUUAGCAGAAGUUAGCCCAGCGCACAGAAAACAUGUCGCUUUUCUGUUUGAAGCCUUCGUCACUAAAGAUUCUGACAGAAGCCACACUAUCAUCUUGCCCGUGGUUUGUCCCUCUACGUAGCAAAGUUUCCAAAGCACGAAUCCCAAAAGAGCUUUUUAUUGAGAGAUCUAAAGAACAUGAGAAGUACGGCGGCGACCCAAACCAGCCUCAUAAACUGCACAUAGUCACACGGGUCAAAGGUGUGGUGCGAAGACCGUACUGGGAGAAAGAGAUGGUCAAACAUCUUGGGCUUGAGAAGGCACAUGUCCCUGUCAUUCAUAAAAACACACCGUCGGUCAACAGCCAGCUGAAAUUUGUCAAGCAUCUCGUGAGAAUCCAGCCAUUAAAGACUCCCUACGGACUCCCCGCUGAAGAGGACAUGGCUGACACCUACAUCAACAGCAAAGGGGAGCUGAUUGUUCGCCGCCUCCUCAAACCUGUAGACCCCAAAGCUAUUGAGUCCUAGUGAAUCUCCCAUACUGCUUUAGUGUACAUACAGAUCAUGAAGAAAAUACUGAUGUUGACCUUAUGCAUUCAGUUUUGAGUAAUGUGACAUUUAACCCUGAACAGAUGAGAGAAGGCAGCAGUCUUUACCAAGCGGACCCUUAAAAUCUGUACAACGGAAAUGUUUCUAUCCACUUUGUUUUGCAUAUAUAUUAAUUAAUAAAUGUUAUUUGAAUACCUGCACACCA